AAGACGCAUCAUCAGCAGCAUAUUGACAGCGGCUUCUUUUCUACAGCCUGAUUACAACAUGAAGUUCUUCCUUGCGAUCGUAGUUCUUGCCAUUGGAGGAGCAAGUUUUUCGGAAGCUGCCCGUCCAGUGUCUUCGCAGGUGGUGCAGAAAUUGAAGGACAUUGAACCUAUCUACAAGGACUUGCAGGAUAGAGUCGUCAAUGCCGUUGCAGGAGCUAAACUGAAUGCCGCCACCAGAACUGAUGCCUUCUACCAGACCGUAAUCGGCGACAAAGAGGCUUCUUUGGCACAAGCGGUACAACUCGAGGAUCAGUUGAUCUAUCAGCUAGGCCAUCAACAUGGAUCGGUUGAGACCAGUUGUUUGGGCUUUAUCCGUUCGACGCUCGACAGUAAUAUGAACGUGGCUGGCGUGGGAUACACGAACUGUAUCAACACCGUAGAGAAAGGACUUAAAGCAGAGGUGGACAAAAUCUACGAAGUGCUGCUGGUGGAUGAGUCGGACAUUUUCGGCCUAAGCCUGCUGGAUGUGUUCAAUGGCGAGAAUAUCAUUGCCGGCCCAGCUCAGAUCAUUUCCAAACUGGAGGGUAAAGAAAAGGACAUCGCCAACAUCUCGACCUCUUUUCUGGACGAAGUUAAUGCCGCAGUUGAUGGGUUUUCUUCGCGUUUGAACGACUUGGGAGCUGGAUACAAAUCAUGUCUGCUUACGAACGAAUCCAUUCUUAAAAUGGCUUACGAAAACUCCAAGACCCAGCUUACACAAAUCUGUCUGGGAACGAUUGUGCAGUAACAAGGUGAUGUGCUAGAGCAGACUGCAGAACGAAAAAUAGAAAUAUAUUAAUUAUAAAGCAAGUUUCAUAUACUGAAAAUAAUUAGUAUCAUUUCGCUCAAUUCUUAAUUAACAAUCUCUUUUAUAUCG